AUGCUGUUGAGGAGCAUCUGGGACUCACAGCAGUCGGAUUAUUUCAUGGAAGGGAGGAAGGUGAAGGAGAACGGGGCAGGAGUGGGUGAAGUGGGGAAGAGCAGGAGGCAGGAGGACAAAGGAGAACGGGAGGAAGCAUUGCAGGGCUCGCCACCGUAUUAUGGCAGCGUGCCAUUCGGCAUCUACCUCCAAAGUCUCUCGGUGGUCGUGCGAUACAGCGGUGAACCAUCAACUGCUGGUAAGGAACGUUCCCUACCGCUUGGCACCUCGGAGGAUGAAGAAGACAGUGGCACGAAAUGCUAUUCGGAGCGCGAAGCUCCCGCGCAUCUCCAAUGA